UGACAAAACACUUCUCGAAAAUGCCCUCUACUGCAAGCCAACUUGAGCGAAGCCUUAGAAAACUUCAGAUCUCAGAGUCUGGCUCACAAAACACGUCUACCGCGGUGACAUGGGUGCCCUCUAAAUAUAGCUCAGACGUAUCUCAGAAGGAACUUUGGGACAUGGGGACCAUUGCUUUCCACCAUGUUUGGCCAGGCGAAACUUUACCAGACAACAAUGCCUACAUCGCCAUGAAUUCCCUCACAUUUCUCGAGGUAUAUCUUGGUCUUCGCCUUUGCACUUUGGCGGGUGGAAAGGUGGUUGGAGAUUCGAAGGAUAUCCCAUCGGAGUGUGUGACAUCGGGAGAGGUGCUGUUGUUAGUAUUGUGGAGGGAUACGGAACGUGAGGCUACCUGUCCAACGCGAGAUCAAGUGUAUUCCGUGAAGAUGAAGCUUAAGCGCCCACCGGGAUGGUGGGUAGAAAUCCCAGGUUCCGGGAAUUUGCACCAGGCAAAUUUGCCCGGCAAAUUUACUGCGUCAAUUUCACACCCUCGAAAACAUAGUGUCAAUUUGGGUGAAUUCGUGUCUACUGUACCCAGAACACCUGAAAAGCUAAAAUCCGAUAUACUGGACAAUCCUGACAAACCAUUCAAAUUCGCCAGUGGCACCACUGGAAACCUGAUUCAGCAGCAUCAAAAACGGCUCCUUCAGUCAGAUGGCGCGAUAUGCAUGCAACCAACCAUCCUCGGUGGUCAACAACCUGAGAAGUCAACGGUCGUUCCGCCACCUGCCCGACCACCUAUGAAACAAGAUAUCACAUCAACUUAGCAUCCGAGUCAGGAUUCCUUCUCGAUAUUCUCUCAGACCAGCCUGUGCAGCUUGAACCAACCGUUUUCAUGAGUCAUGGACCCCCAUCCAAGCUGACGGCUGACACUGCAACUUCAUUGAUGAUACCAAUGGAUGACUGACGAGUGGGAGUCUGCGGAGUAGAUUACAGUCAAUUAGGUGAAAUUCACCUGCAAAUUAACGCAAAAAGCCAGAGCU